GCAACAGUACAAAAGGGUUAUUAAGAGUGAAGAGUGAAGAGUGAAGAGUAAAAGAGUGAAGGAGUGGAGUGAGCCAUUACUUCACAUCUCUGGUAGAGAAUGGUGAAACUUGUUGAACAAAGUGUGAAAUCAUGGUGGAAAUUGAGCAAUUGUUUUCUUAGGAUUUCUCCAUAUUGUACAAAAUCUGAACAAACCCUAGACUCCUUAUUCUUGACUAAUAAAAAUGGUGAAGCUGCCAACACCUUAACCUCUUCUGCAAAAGGUGGUGCUGCUGCUGCUUUGCACAAUAGGCUAUUGUAUUUGUCACGCUCUAAGGAAUCCAUAAUACCAAUAUUGGAUAAAUGGGUUAACGAAGAUAAUCCCAUUAAGUAUGAAGACUUCCAGAUUAUAAUGAAACAACUUAGAGCUUACCGCCGCUACAAUCAUGCUCUUCAGAUGUAUGAGUGGAUUAAGAAGUCCAAGGAUUUUGAUUUAUUGCCUAGAGAUUUUGCAGUCGAACUGGAUUUAGUAUCAAAAGCCCAUGGUCUGAAAGCCGCAGAGUCAUAUUUCAGUAGCAUUCCAGAUGAUUUAAGAACCUUCCAGGUAUAUGGCGCUCUCUUGAACUGCUAUGCUGAUGCAAACAUCUUAAAAAAAGCAGAAGAUACCAUGCAAAAGCUGAAGGAGCUGGGUUAUGCUGGCACAGUGGCUUACAAUGUUAUGAUGACCCUUUAUGCUAAAUUGGGAUAUGUUGAGAAGGUGCAGUCACUUUUGCUAGAGAUGGAAGACAAUGGAGUUUCUGGUAAUUUGAUUUCCUACAAUAUCCUCUUAAAUGCAUAUGCAUCUGCUCCCGAUGUUACGGAGAUGGAGAAGGUUCUAAUGAAAAUGGAAGCUGAUCCUCUGCUGAUUAGUUGGAGUCCUUACACAGUUGCUGCCAAGGGUUACCUGAAAGCUGGUGAUACAGAAAAGGCUCAUGACUCAUUGAAGAAAUGCGAACAUCUACUCAAGGGGAGAAAAGCAAGACUUGCUAUUGACAUGCUUAUUACUCUCUAUACUAGUAUGGGAAAGAAAGAUGAUCUCUAUCGUAUAUGGGAAAAAUAUAAGAGAAUAGUUAAGUAUAACAAUUCAAGUUAUCUUUGUAUGAUAAGGGGCCUAGAAAAGUUGGAUGAUCUUGACGGUGCAGAGAAGAUAUUUGCUGACUGGGAAGCAAGCAAGGUACGCUUUGAUAUUCGAAUUCCGAACUUGCUAAUAAGUGCUUACUGCAAAAAGGGUCAUAUGGAAAAGGCGAGAUCAAUCAUAGAGAAACUCGUGGAGAGUGGAAAGCAUCCAAAUGGGAGCACAUGGAGUCGUCUGGCACUCGGUUAUUGUGUACAAAAUGACAUGAAGAAGGCAGUGGAGACGAUGAAGAAAGCAAUCUUGGCUAGUAAGCCGGGGUGGAAGCCACACUUCCACUGUUUGGCUUCCUGUGUGAAGUACUUGCAAUCAAAAGGAGAUACUCAAGGUGAAGAAGAGCUUAAAGAUUUACUUAGGGUGCGAGGUCUCUUCUCAGAAGGAGUUGAGAGGAGUUUGAAUAAGUAUGUUGAAGUUGGAAAUCACAAGUAUAAGGCACUUGAUGAAACAGACCUUGAGGAGACUAGCUCACAAUAGUAGGUAAAAACUAAAGUUCAGGGUUUUCAAUUGCUAAAUCUAAAUGGACGUAACCUUUUUGGGGUCUUCAUUUGUUUUCAUCUUUUCUUGGUUUGCUAAGUAAGAGGAUCGUGAUCUCUGACUCUCUUAUAUAGUGGCAUACGUGGUAGUAAGAAAUAGCGUUUAGUGGUCAUUUUUCGGUCCUGUGUCUCAAAAUAGCCAUUUUUCAGUCUCUUGUAGAAUUUGAAACUCCACGACUAUGGUUUUUUUUUUCAAUUACAUAGGCUGAAAGGGGUCUAUUUGCGAA